UUUUUAUUUUCUAGUCUUCCAUUCUUCUCCCACCCUUUCUCUUCUCUUCUCUUCCUGUUUUCUUCCUUUCCAACCCAAUGCUCUAUCCAAACACAAUCUAAGUCUGACGACCACUCUGGUGACUUCCAUCAGUGACGCAUUCCUCUGCCUUUGCUCUAACUUUAAAAUUAGUUUAGGCUUUAGCAAGGACUACUCCAUUACUAAUAUUCAUAAUCCAUUAACAGAAGAAAAUAAAUCGAAUAAGAAAGAAAGAAAUGGCAACGGUAGUUCCUAGAAUGAAGUUGGGUUCUCAAGGUCUAGAAGUGUCUGCUCAAGGUCUGGGAUGUAUGGGUAUGUCGUUUUCAUAUGGCCUUCCCAAACCUGAGGAUGACAUGAUCUCUCUUAUCCGCCAUGCUAUUAGCUCUGGAAUCACCUUCCUUGAUACCUCUGAUAUGUAUGGCCCUCACACUAAUGAGAUUCUUCUCGGGAAGGCUUUGAAAGAAGGAUGGAGAGAAAAGGUUGAAUUGGCUACCAAAUUUGGCAUCAACAAUGUUGGGGGUAAGUUUGAAAUUCGAGGGGAUCCUGCAUAUAUACGAGCUGCGUGUGAGGGAAGUUUAAAGCGGCUAGGGGUUGAUUGCAUUGACCUCUAUUAUCAACAUCGCAUUGAUACUAAAGUUCCCAUUGAAGUGACGAUUGGAGAACUUAAGAAACUGGUAGCAGAAGGUAAAAUCAAGUACAUUGGUCUGUCUGAAGCUUCUGCAUCAACUAUCAAAAGAGCGCACGCUAUUCACCCCAUAACCGCAGUUCAGUUGGAAUGGUCCUUAUGGACUAGAGAUGUGGAGGAAGAAAUAGUUCCUACCUGCAGGGACCUUGGGAUUGGAAUUGUGGCAUAUAGUCCUUUAGGACGAGGCUUUCUCUCUUACGGACCCAAGAUUGUAGACAACUUCACGAAGGAGGACAGGCGACAGUCCUUCCCACGAUUCAGACCCGAGAAUAAAGAGCAUAACAAACUGAUAUUUGAGCACAUCUCAGAAAUUGCAGCGAAAAAAGGAUGUACUCCAGCACAGCUUGCACUUGCAUGGGUCCAUCACCAGGGAGAAGAUGUGUGUCCCAUCCCAGGAACCACUAAAAUUGAGAACCUCAACCAAAACAUCGACGCCUUAUCUUUGAAGCUAACCUCUGAGGAAAUGACCGAGCUUCAAUCCUUGGCCUUUCAAAUCAGUGUUAAGGGUGAUCGAUAUGCAUCUCUUUCUAGCACCUGGAAGAACUCGGAAACUCCACCUUUAUCCUCAUGGAAUGAAUAGAAGAUUUGGCUUUGUUUACGUAGGUAUGUCAAUGACAUGAUCAAUGAAUUUGUUAGCAGCAGAUAAUGCUGUCAAGUAAUAACUUUGUUUACAUAGAUCAUAUUAUGCGUCAUAUUGUCUGCCUAAUUAUGUUAUAAAGGUCAAAUUCACAAUGAAUAGAUUUAGGCUUAAAGACAAACCUACUUUCUUAAAAAUUGUUUUGUGAUGUAUGUUGAACAACCUCGCUACGCUCUAAGGCUGAACAUAUAAAGCUUCAAUACGUUUUCAUACUU